GUUGGAGUUGUUGGACAUCGGACUGGGGAGCCGCGCGCACGCACGCUGCUGCACGGCUGCACACUUGACUACUUCUAUCAAGCUGGUGUUCGUGGAAUAUCAUUCUAGCGCUAAAAAUAUAUGUUUUCUUGUGGCUAUAAAUGUAGUCUUUCCAUUCAAUUCACGGACAAACACGUUUGGAUUCGUACGCCGCUGUAAAUAUGUUGGAUACAUUAUAAAGCCUGCUAUUUUUUUUCCAAGCACAGCGGACAUAAGAAGGAUCCCCAUCAUGGAUGCUAAACUGGCUGCAAUGAACCCAUCAAAUGCCAAAGCCGUGCUGCUGGCGUGCGUGACUCUGCUGUUCUCCCUCCACCUGUGGCGCCGGCUCCGGGGCCGGCGGUCGAGCUCCGGCCCGCCCGGUCCGCUCGCAUGGCCGUUCGUCGGCAACGCGCCGCAAAUGGGCAACGCGCCGCACCUGUAUUUUGCGCGCAUGGCGAAGAAAUACGGCAACGUGUUCCAGAUCAAACUGGGCGCUCGGACCGUGGUGGUGCUGAACGGGGACUCCAUCAAGCAGGCGCUGGUGAAGCAGGGACUUGAAUUCGCCGGCAGACCGGACUUCACGUCCUUCAAGUACAUCUCCGGCGGAGACAGCCUCGCGUUCGGCACCGCCACGGACUGGUGGAAGAUGCACCGCAGGGUGGCCCAGUCCACCGUGCGCAUGUUCUCCACGGGCAACGCCAGGACCAAAAAGGCGUUUGAGCACCACGUCCUCUGCGAGGUCAAGGAGCUGCUGCAGCUGUUUGUGCACAAGACGAAGGAGCACCAGUACUUCCAGCCCAUGACGAACCUCGUGGUGUCCACGGCCAACAUCAUGAGCGCGGUGUGCUUCGGGAAACGGUACUCCAAUGACGACGAGGAGUUUCUGCAGGUGGUGGGCAGGAACGAUCAAUUCACCAAGACGGUGGGGGCCGGGAGCAUCGUGGACGUGAUGCCCUGGCUCCAGUACUUCCCCAACCCCAUCAAAACCAUGUUUGAGGACUUCAAGCAGCUCAACUUGGAGUUUACCGCGUUCAUUCGAGAUAAAGUGGUGGAGCACAGAAAAAUGUUUCAGUCGAGCGCCAUCGGAGACAUGACGGAUGCCUUCAUCCAGGCGAUGGACCAACUGAGAGACAAAUCGGGGAACCCGUCAAGGAAGGACUACGUGACUCCCACAAUAGGGGACAUAUUUGGAGCGAGUCAAGACACCCUGUCCACUGCACUGCAGUGGAUCAUCCUCUUGCUUGUCAAGUUCCCCGAGAUGCAGGCGCGUCUCCAGCUGGAGGUGGACAAGGUGGUGGACCGCAGCCGGCUGCCUUCCAUCGAGGACCAGCAGGAUCUGCCUUACGUCAUGGCAUUCAUCUACGAGGUUAUGCGCUUCACCAGCUUCGUGCCGCUCACCAUCCCCCACUCCACCACCGUGGACACCUCCAUCAUGGGCUACAGCAUCCCCAAGAACACUGUCGUUUUUGUCAACCAGCGGUCCAUCAACCACGACCCGGCCCUGUGGGUCCGUCCGGAGACCUUCGACCCCCAGCGCUUCCUGAGCCAGGACGGAGAGCUGAACAAGGACCUGGUCAGCAGCGUGCUCAUUUUCUCCCAGGGCAAGCGGCGGUGCAUCGGCGAGGAGCUGUCCAAGCUGCAGCUGUUCCUCUUCACCACCCUUUUAGCCCACCAGUGUCACAUCACCGUGGACCCGGCCAGGCCGGUCAAACUGGACUUCAACUAUGGCCUGACUCUGAAACCGCACGCGUAUUCCAUAGCAGUGACUCUGCGUGAUGAUCUGAGGCUGCUGGCGGCGGCUACGGGUCAGGCUGUCUCCGAGGAGGUGACGAAGCCCGCCACUCAAUAAGCUCACAGACAGAAAAAAAAAUACUGUAAUAAUAAAAUGAACAUUUUUGCUGUGAAAUCAACAGAAACUAUAUCAACAGAAAGCUUUUCAAUGUGGGCGCCAUUUUAGACAUGUUGUUCUCAACGAUGGUUGGUACGUCAAACGAGAUGUGUUUUGAGAUUUGAACGGUUGAAAGGUUGAACAACCAAAAAAAAAGAAAUUUAUUAAACAAAAGUAAUAUGUCGGACUCGCAACCGAAGUAGUGAUUCUGUGUGAAACAGGCAAAUAAGCUCAGCCCUUUAGUCCGAUGUCUACUAACAUAAAAUGGCAUUAGUAUAUAUAGUGUAAUAGCUUAGUUACUCAGGAAUAAGGCCUAUGAAAUAAGUCUAAUUGUAUUUUAAAUGGACGACUUUUCAUGGAAAACAUUCUCAAAGGCAAAGUAGCCACCAGACCUACUUGUAUUUGAGAACUGCUGUCUAAGUAUGAAACGACUAAUAUCCCAUUACUGUUAUUUAGCCAUGCCUUUCUUUUUGUUACAAUAAUGUUUUUUGUGUAAGUUUAAAUGUUGUAGAAUGCUGCUAUUUAAAAAACCCUUUUAACUCAUUGUAUUUCCAUUCUCAAGAUGCCAGUAACCCCGUGCCUUCUUCUUCUUCUUCUUCUUUUUAUUUACAGACAUAUUCCUGCUGUCAGGUAUGGACACUGGGAGUGUAUAUUGAAUUUAUUUUUAUAGAUGUAAACGCUGCUUCAGCACGAGAGACUAAUGCACUGAGAGUGAGGACUUGCAUUUGAUGGCCUCCCGCCGAAGAGUAUUGGAAUAAUGUAAUACAGAUGCAUUUUUGAAAAUAUAAUCUUAGUGAGAUUAAUGGCAUAGUUCAUUGUGUAAGAUACAGUGUGUAAUGAAUUGCAUCAGUUGUGUUUCCCUUUUUUCUUAAUAAACCAAAAUUAUACACUGUU